CAGGCAACAGCAUGGUUCUUCUCAGGAACCUCUUCAUCUUGCAAGCGGUACAGAUGGUGCUAACUUACAACUUUUCUAACUGUAACUUCGAGUCAAUUUCGGAAAUAUAUUGUGAAGUAAUUUUUCGUGACCUGGAAAGUGAUCUGAAUGGGGCCAAGUUCGACCAAAUCGAGGACUGUGAAAGCAAGUCAGCUUGUCUCCUGAAAAUCGAGUACUAUUCUCUCAAUCCUAUCCCUGGCUGCCCUUCACUCCCUGAGAAAGCAUUCGCCCGGAGAACAAGAGCUGCCCUCAGUAACCACUGCCCAGGCUACUCUGAAACUGAGAGAAACGGUACUCAGGAAAUGGCACAAGAAGUCCAACACAUCUGCCUGAAUCAAACCUCACAAAUUCUAAGAUUGUGGUAUUCCUUCAUGCAAUCUCCACAAUAAAAAUAGCUUUCAGCUUAUGCUAUGAAAAUAUAUAUAUAUCUUGUUUUUAGUAGAUAUAAUACAAAGGGUGUGACACUUAAAAGAACACUGAUGUUUAUUCUUUAAUUACAGAAGAGAUUCUUAACUUAUUUUUUGGCAUAUCGCUUUUUUUAGUAUAGGUGCUUUAAAUGGGAAAUGAGCAAUAGCCCUUUAAUGGAAAUAUCUGUACUGUUAAUGACCAGCUUCUGAGACGUCUUUCUCACCUCCCCUGCACACACCUUAUAGGAAGAGAAUUGAAAGUAGAAAAAAAAUUUUAAAAAAUGACAACAUUUAAACCCUGUUUAAAAGGCAAGGAUUUUUCUGCCUGUAAUGAUUCUUCUAAUAUUCCUAUGCUAAGAUUUUACUAAAGAAGAAAAUGACCGUUCAGGCAGUCACCGCUGUGAUGAGGUGGUCUGAAAGAAGCUUGGGGAAUCUGGAAGAAACUGCUGGGAUCAUAUUGUAAAUCUAACUGUGAAAGGCUUCAGACCCACGACAGUGGGAUGCGCGAGCAGAUCUCAAGGGCCUUGUACAUCUACGAGAUAUAUAUUUAAAGUUGUAGAUAAUGAAUUUCUAAUUUAUUUUGUGAGCACUUUUGGAAAUAUACAUGCUACUUUGUAACAAAUACAUUUCUGAAUAAAGUAAUUCUCAAGUU